AUGCCUCGUGAUCCGUUAAUCGGCCUCGUCGGAAAACCCUCGUCUGGGAAGUCCACUACUCUAAACAGUUUGACCGAUGCUUCUUCUAAAGUUGGUAAGUCAAUCCUUCUUUCCUUCUUCUUCACAACUAUCGAUCCCCAGCGCGCCAUUGGCUACCUCCAGGUAGACUGCGCGUGCAAACGCUUUAACGUCUCAGAUAAAUGCAGACCGAAUUACGGUGGCUGUCAUGAAGGCCGGAGAUCCGUCCCGAUAGAGCUGCUUGAUGUUGCUGGGCUUGUUCCUGGAGCACAUGAGGGCAAGGGACUCGGGAAUAGAUUUCUGGAUGACUUGCGGCAUGCGGAUGCGUUAAUACACGUGGUUGAUGUUAGCGGGACGACUGAUGCUGAAGGGAAGGCAACUAGAGGGUACGACCCUUCUCAAGAUAUUGUUUGGUUGAAGUCGGAGAUCGUCAAUUGGAUUUUGGGGAAUCUUAUGGAAAAAUGGGGUUCCAUAAAACGGCGACAUACUGCAACAAAGGCAACGCCUGUUGAGACGCUACAAAAUCAGUUUUCUGGUUACGGAAGCACAUCGAAGAUCGUCGCGCGAUGUCUUGACCGAUUAGAUAUAAAAGAGCCUCUUCAAGAAUGGUCGGAUGAAACUGUGGAACGUGUUGUCGUCGCCUUCAUAGAUGAAAAAUUCCCCACGGUGCUCGCGCUAAAUAAAAUUGACCACCCUGAUGCGGACAAGAAUAUAAGUAAAAUCGCCAAGGUUCAAGAUCCGCAAUCGAUCGUCCUGUGCUCUGCCAUAUCAGAAGUCUUCCUUCGAAAGCUAGCCAAACAAGGCUAUAUCAAGUAUGUCGAAGGGAGUGAUUUUAUAGAUACGAGAGAAGAUCUAAUAGAUAUGGGCGACCCUGACGGCGGUGGCCUCAAGGAAAUGGAUGAGAAAUUGAAGAAUCGGGUGGAAAAUCUCAAGGAUUUGGUUUUGUACCGGUUCGGAUCAACGGGCGUCGUCCAGGUUCUCACGCGCGCUGCAGAGCUACUUGGGUUGGUGCCGGUUUUCCCAGUCCGCAAUAUCCACACAUUUGCGUCCGGAACCAGAACGGUCAAUGGAGUGUUCAAGGAUUGCGUGCUUGUCAAUAAGAAUAGCACGGUGGCUGACGUGGCUCGGAAAGUGAUGGGUGAUGCUCCUGUUGCAUAUAUAGAGGGAGCGGGAGGCACAAGGGUCUCAGAGGAUGAGAUAGUUUCUAUUGGGAAGUACGAUGUAAGGACUGAAUUUCUAAGGUCGGCCACUUCUGGCUGCAUUAUCCUAAUUUUGCAGUAGCAUUUCUUUUUAACUCCCAAGCUAACACGCCUUUCCACGAUCCGAAGGUUUUAUCUUUUAAAGUCGGCCGA